ACAGCUCUGCUUCUUUCUCUCUCUCUAAGGCUCUUUAUUUUCCCACCCUAAGACCUAUUUUUCUCUCUCUAAGAAAGCCUCGUUAUUCGGGCCAAUUCUUCUCGAAUCUCGAGGCUUUUUCUCGCUCCUUUAAAUUGUUGAUUACUGGUUUCUUCUCUCUCUAUCUCUUUUUUGCUGAUUAUUUAUUGGUUUUAUUUUUAUUUCUUCGGGUUAAAUCUUCUUCUGAGCGGGGAGAGAGAGCUCAUCAUCCCAGCUCAAAAGUUGCAUUCGUAAUUCGGAGAAUUUGGUGCGAUUUGCUUACAAAAAUCCUAAAAUUUGACAAUUGGAUAAAAGGUUCUUGGGCCCUUUAAUGGCGCUCAACUCGUUUUUGCCGUUUAUGGAAACCCUAGGUACGCAAUUGCCCAACAAAGGCCCCUUCAUGGCCCCUGUUCCCAUGGGUUUUUAGAGUCUGCUGCGUUGCAUCUGGGUUGGGGUUGUGAGUGCUGUCUUUGUUUUGGGGGGGGAUUGGUUUGGCUUGUUUUUAAUCAAUUGCCGAACCAGAAGUCCCCUCUUUGUUCCGUGUGAUCUAUGCUUUGAUGGCUUUUUGGGGUUCAUCGUUAAUGGGUGGGAAUAUUGGGGGCUUCUUCUGGUGUUGGUGGAUGAGUUGACUUUUUCCUUUUUGUUGGUUUCGCUAUUAGUGGGAACCCCAUGUUAGAAAUUCGCCACUCAGGAACCCUAAUCCUGUGGUUUCUGUUCUCAUAGCUUUGAAGUUUGUUUCUUCUUCAUAAAUUGUUGGGCUCUUUCGUCUACUCUCCGAUUUCUCUGGUUCCCAUAUAUUUUGUGAUUUACAGAUUUUUUUGACAAAAACAAUGUCUUUGAAAAAAUUGGAUUAAAUGAUCUUUAUUGGUAGAUAGGAGAAGGAAUCGAGGGAAAAUUCCUUUUGACCCUUGGGAUUGAGAUACAGAUGAAUUUGGGUUUCUCCUCUUAUAUUCUGCUCUUUUGUAGGGCGUUUUGAGACCUGAAACCAUGGUUUUCUCUGGUGGGUUUGGUCAUUUCUAGGGCAGGCUUAAGGGUGUGGAACGAUGGUGUCUUUAUUGGAUUUUGGUGGCUUGGAUUGAAGAGUAAUGGGAAGUUGCAGCGACGAAGAAGAAGAUCACUUCUUCGACACUCGAGAGGAAAUAACUUCAUUAUCCGACUCGGGGUCGGACUAUGCAGAGGCCACCGAGAAUCACAGCGGGUUUUCUGAAUUGAUUUAUGGUAAUAUUCUCUACGAAGUUUGGUUGAAUAAGCCAGGGACUAUUCGAGAACGGCGUGAAAAAUUUCUCAGAAUGAUGGGUUUAGCUCGGAAUGGUGAGACCCUUGAUUCAUCCAGUGAAAAUGGGGAAAUUCCAGGCGUUGAAAGGUUAAAAGAUAACAGUGGGGCAGUUCUAAUGAGCUCUGAUUUUGAAAGCAAUUUCUCAUCUAGUAGAUCUUCUCUCAUGAGUUGGUCCAAUGGACCAGUUGAUUCUCCUGACAGUAGGGAUUUGGAAGAGAUAAAUUCAAUUGAUGAUGAUAGAGAAAACAUGGUUUGCAGAAUAAGAAACUUGGAUAAUGGCACUGAAUUCGUCAUCGAUAACCCAAGUGGCGAUGGGGUUUUAAGCAGGCUGAGAAGAGUGGGUUCUGAUCGUUUGGUCACCAUUGAUGAAUUUCAGAGAGAUAUUGGGCUCUCUCCAUUAGUGCAACAUUUCAUGCGACGAGAUCUUGUAGAGUCUGGCAUUUCUAUAGAGGGUUUGAAGAGAAAGAAGGGCUGGUUGAGAAGCUUGAGAGCAGCAGCAAGCAUUGUGAAGAGGAAGAAAGGGGGUGGUAGUUCCAGCAGGUCAUGUAAUUCUGAGAAUAUUGUUGGGUCAUCAAAUUCUGUGAACCCAAUUCACCAAAUGCCUCAGAGAGUGAGAGUCCGCCAUUGUAAAAAGCGGUGCAAGGAGUUCACUGCUGUUUACCUGGGGCAAGAGAUUCAAGCUCACCAUGGCUCUAUAUGGACUAUGAAGUUCAGUUUAGAUGGGCGUUUUCUUGCUAGUGGAGGUGAAGAUGGCGUUGUGAGGAUUUGGGAGGUUAUGGAAUCAGCAGGUACAGAGUUGGGGGAUACCCUGGAGAUUGAUCGUUCUUGCCGGUAUUUCACUGUGAAUGAGUCAUCUGAACUGGUUCCUCUUUAUGCUAACAAGGAGCAAGAGGGGAGGUUCAGGGGCUUGAGGAAGAGUUCGGGAUCUGCUUGUGUAGUGAUUCCUCACAAAAUCUUCAAAUUGUCAGAGAAACCAUUGCAUGAAUUCCAUGGUCACACUGGAGAUGUGCUGGACUUGUCAUGGUCUCAGACUAAGUACCUACUUUCAUCAUCCACGGAUAAAACUGUCCGUCUAUGGCAAGUGGGGAAAGCUUCAUGCAUCAAGGUUUUCUCCCAUAACAAUUAUGUCACAUCCAUUCAGUUCAAUCCUGUGGAUGAUCGAUAUUUCAUCAGUGGUUCAAUUGACGGUAAAGUCCGCAUUUGGGCCAUUCCUGGGUGCCAAGUUGUUGAUUGGACAGAUAUACGAGAAAUAGUUACAGCUGUUUGCUACCGGCCUGAUGGUCAGGGAGGAAUUGUGGGUUCCAUGGCUGGUAAUUGCCGUUUCUAUGAUGCAUCAGAUAAUCAUCUGCUACUGGCAGCUCAAGUAUGUCUACAGGGGAAAAAGAAAUCCUCUUGCAAAAGGAUAACUGGAUUUCAGUUUGCCCCUAGUGAUCCCAGAAAAGUAAUGGUUACAUCUGCGGACUCACAAGUUCGAAUUUUUGAUGGGGUGGAUGUCAUCUGCAAAUACAAAGGUCUAAGGAAUACAGGCAGCCAGAUCUCGGCUUCCUUCACUUCUAAUGGGAAGCACAUUGUCUCCGCAAGUGAAGACUCCCAUGUCUAUGUUUGGAGUUACGAGACCCCCGAGGGGCGAACAUCGAAACAAGCAAAGAGUGUGUGGUCUUGUGAGCGAUUUUUCUCGAAUAAUUCCUCUGUUGCCAUCACUUGGUCUGGCCUAAAAUCAGAGGCACGGCCAUCUUCAGAAGUUUCUCUCAAGACCAAUUCUCGAACCUCCGAUGAAUUAACAGAGAGCUCGGAAAAUGGUUUCCAUAGUAGUUGGGAUUCUUGUCGAGAGACUCCUUCAGUUUCUUCCUCUUCUCCUGAUCGCUUCUCUCUAGGUCAUGGGUUCUUUGCGGAUAGCCUUGCAAGGGGCUCAGCCACUUGGCCUGAGGAGAAGCUUCCCUCUACUGAUGCUUUGAGCUCGGCCCAAAGCACUUGUAAAUCGCAGUUCAAGUUUCUUAAGACUGCCAGUGAGGGAAUGUUUGCUUCCCCUCAUACGUGGGGCCUUGUGAUUGUGACAGCUGGAUGGGAUGGACGGAUCAGAUCAUUCCACAACUAUGGGUUGCCGGUCCGUCUAUGAGUGUUUGGCUGUGGAAAAGACGGGAUUUUUGGUGCAUGACUUGUCUCUCUCCACUUGGGAUUGAGCUUUCCUGGCAAUUGCACAUGGAUAUUUGAGUGGCAAAGACCCAUGUGAAAUCUGUGUAAGAAGGACAAGAAACACAAGAAACUCAGUGCCGUGUGGCCACCCUUGUAAAAUUGGUGUUCGAAAAGGAAGAAUACCAAAAAGGGGGAAAGUGGGGUGGCAGCAGCCAUUUUGAGAUUGUUCAAAAGAACACUGAAGACCCAUGAGAGUUGGGGUGGCUGUAAUUUGGCCCCUAUGCAUUUGUAGAAGUAACAGAUGAUUUUGAGAAUAUGGGUUCUCUAAUUUGUCAUUCACUCGUUCCUUUGAUAAGGAGGUUUGUUGGCCUGAUGAUGGCGGCGGGCGGACGGGUUUAGAGGGAGUUGGUGUUUGGUAUUGUUAUUAUUUUUGUUCUCUUUUUUGGGUUCAUUUUGGGGUCCAUAUACUAAUGUAAUUCUUUUAUUUACGGAGGUGGUUAUGGUGAUAGAGAAUUGAAAAGGGACAAAAAAAGGGCUUCUCCUUUAAAUUUGUUGGAUCACAAGAUGGCAGCAGUGUAAAUAUGGUUGGUGCAAGGGUGGGGUCAUUUAGCCUUUGCCAUUAGGGAAGGUGGGGGGCAGAAAGUGGUGAGUUAUUAUAUGCCUUUAUUUACGAAUGGAAUGGUGGAGGGGGAGUCCUUCACCUUUCUGGA